AUUUUACAUUGCUUUGAUCAAAUUCCACAUUUUCUUCACUGAAAGCAGCAGCUAAACAAGGGCCGCUCUCUUUGCCUCGCUUAUCCAUACCCUGUCAGUGCCUGCGUCAGCUCAAAGCAGAGAUGGGAGAAGGAAAGGGCUCAACCCUUGUGCACCUUCUGGUGGUAGUCCUUAGCUUGGUCGCAUUUGGGUUUGCCAUUGCAGCCGAGAGAAGAAGAAGCGUUGGCACUGUUGUUAAAGAUGACAUAACAAAUUCUACAUAUUGUGUCUACAACUCGGAUGUUGCCACUGGCUAUGGAGUUGGUGCUUUCUUGUUUCUUCUUUCUGGUGAAUCGCUGUUGAUGGGAGUUACAAAGUGCAUGUGUUUUGGGAGGCCAUUAGCACCGGGUAGUGAUCGAGCUUGGUCUAUCAUAUAUUUUGUCUCAUCAUGGUUGACUUUCUUGGUUGCAGAAGCAUGUCUAAUAGCGGGUGCAACUAGGAAUGCUUAUCACACCAAGUAUCGUGGAAUGAUUUAUGCCCAGAAUUUCUCCUGUGAAACAUUGAGGAAAGGUGUCUUUAUUGCAGGAGCAGUGUUUGUGGUUGCCACAAUGAUUCUCAACGUAUACUACUACAUGUAUUUCGCCAAAGCAACCACCACAAUGCCGGCUCACAAGGCAAAUCGAACGAAUUCAACUGUUGGGAUGACUGGUUAUGCUUAAGGUUAAAUUACUCAAUUAAUGAAGCCAGGCAGAUAAGUUUCACAUCUAGUUCUAGUGUGACAUCGAUUGACAUUGUAAUAAACAACUGUACUUGUUAUGUUUGCGCUUUUCUAUGACGCUACAGCUCAGGUAAUGAAUGUAUGGUGUCAAUGGAAGGAGCGAUAGAUUUGUUGGGAACAAUGUACGUAAAGAUCAAAGAAAUGUCUUGGCGCUUGACCUCAGAUGCCUGCCAUCGCUUGGCUUAGUGAUAUUCUACAGAAACUCUGGGAACUAUACUAUAUUAGCAACUUGUUUUAUAAGGAAAUUUGAGCUUGGUAAAUUAAUUCUAGUAUGUUGCUUGUUCUUGAA